AUGACUAAACUUGUUGCAAGUUUUGCAUCCAACUUUGCUUUCAUUCUCUUGCUAUUAUCUGGUAACGUAGCCAGUCGUCAUUUGUAUUACGAUGAUUCCAUGCUGGUGUCAGGUGGUGUUAUUGAUGGCGUUGCUGAAGAAUCAUUUCUACGUCUCAAAGGCGUGGAUUCAUACGAGGAGCAGUGUAGUCAUAUGUAUGGUUUUUUACCAUGUUCAAGCAAUCUUCUAGGUCAUAUCUGCCUCCUUAUGAUAUAUGAGUUCCUAUUAUAUCAUGCUGAAUCCUUCGCCGGCGGGGAUGGGCGAAUUUUUCGUGUUUUUGGCAAAAACCCUUGGGUUUCAUAUUUUUCUCAGCUUCUUGAUGCCCUUCCAGAUUCUUUAAUUCUUCUUGUAACGGGCCUAUCGACUAGCGAAGAAAAAGCUCAAGAUUAUGUUGUAACGGGUGCUGGAAUGCUAGCUGGAUCGUCAAUAUUGCUUCUCUCUUUUUUGUGGGGAGCAUGCUUCACCUGUAGCCGGAAGGAAUUAUAUGUGGAACCCAAGGCUAAUGAAAACAAUGAAGUGAUAGAGUCUAAAGUAAAUGCGACAGUGUCUUAUGUAAGAAGUAAAGUGAUACAACUAUUAACAGGUUCUGGCGUUCUUACAGAUAUGGAAACCAAAUAUCAUGCCAAAGUUUUGUUCUAUUCACUCAUACCCUUUAUAGUCGUCCUAUUGCCGAGUGUAUUUGGUUUAUCGUAUUCCAGUCCAGAAUACAAAAUUGUCCUCCUUGUGUCUCUUGUUGUUGCAGUUUUAUGCGUAUUUUUUUACUUCCGCUAUCAGUAUUAUCAUCCACGAAUAAUACAGAAUAGAAGACGGGAGUAUGCAGAAGUUGAACAAAAAAUUGAAAUGAAUAUACCGUUUUAUGAAGUAGAAGCACUUAUACUGGACAGGGAUAAAAAUUUCAUGAUUAUGGAAAGAGAAAUGGAGAAAAAGCUGAUAGGCAAUCCUGAGGAAUCUAAUGAAAAAUUUACUAAGAAGAAAUUCUAUGAUGACUUUAAAGUCUGGAUAGAAGACACGAGACAAUUGAUGGAUAAUCCGCCGUCUUCUGAUAAAUCACAGAUGGAAUACAAUCAGGUUUUGAAACUGUUGCAUGAAAAUAAGAACUAUUUUAAAGAACAAAUAUCUCGCAUGUUAAAACGAGUUAAACGAGAUGUAACACAAGAUGGAGUACUAGAGGGAGCACAAAACGGAGAACAAGACAUAGCACAAGAUAUAUAUAGUUUCUUCCAAAAUAUGGAUACCGACAAGAAUGGAUCUAUUACGACAGAUGAACUGAAAAACUUCAUCAUGAAAGUCAACGAUAAGAAGUUACUGGUGGAUGAUGGGAUAGCAGAGAUCAUGAUGAGACAUUUAGACACAGAUAGAAAUGGAAAUAUUGAUAAACUUGAAUUCAGAACCGGAAUUUCAAAAUUGCUCAAGUUACAUAACUCGAAAAAUCCAUCAAAGAGCAGUAACCAAGAAACUCACCGUUCGGCUGAAGCAAAGGCGAAGAAAAAUGAAGAAAAAGCAAAGAAAAAUGAAGAAACUGCGAAGAAAAACGAAAGGAUUCAGGCAGUCAUAUGGUUGCUUGUCGGAAUCGGUAUGCUAUGUGGCUUGGCUGAGCCGUUGGUGGAGAGUGUUAGAGAAUUAUCAGAAUCUCUAAGGAUAGGGCCUUUUUAUUUAUGGUUCAUCUUAGUUCCUUGGGCUACAAACAUUAGAACAGUGUUUGCAGCCAUUAGAGCUGCAAGACAGAAGAGACAUCAAACAAUAUCUGUGAUUUUCUCUGAGAUAUACCACAAAGUUUUCAUGAAUAACAUCGUGGGAUUUAUUGUUAUUGUCACGGUCAUAUACUUCCGUGGCCUAACAUGGCAUUUCUCGGCUGAGCUUCUAGUUGUGAUCAUCGUUUGCAUCAUAAUGGGGCUUCUUGGGAGUUUCAAAACCAAGUUCCCAAACUGGACAUUGCUCGUUGUUUUCCCUCUCUAUCCACUAUCUCUAUUGGUGGUUUACCUUGUCAACGAUGCUUUUCAGUUUCCGUGAAACUAUAGUGGAUCGUCUCAGAGUGGUGACUAUGUAGACCAUGUUAAACCAGUUUUGCAAUAUGUUAAUUACGGCUAGCCAAAAUUCAUUCUUGAUAUAUGACUUAUUUCUACUUUAAUUCCUAGUAACAAUAAUUCUUCUUAAAAAUCGUUUCAACUAUGUAUUGUCUAAUAAACCAUUGAAUGUAUUACUCCAUUUAAGACAUUUUUUAUAUAGAAAA